AUGGCAUCACAGAGCAGCCUGAAUGCGCAUAAACAAGAAAUGCACCCCGAACCUGGAUUGGAGACGAUGCCCAAAAGAUUCCAAGAUGAAACAUCACCGAGAAUUCGCAAUCUCGGCACUGAUCAACAGCAAAGUCAGCCUGAGGAGCUCGGUGAGCCCAGCGCGAUCUCCGCAAACCAAGGGAACCCACUGCUGCAGACUGAAAUAUACAACAAAGAUAAUCCCAUGGCAUUGGUGAUGCGUGGACUGAGCCUUAAUCAGCAACGAAAGUGGCAGGAAUUGCCCCGCGAGAAGCAAAAUGCAUUCAUGGACGCUAUGUAUGUUCCUGGAGCCGCUAUAAGCCAGAUAUCAAGCCAGAUACCGCAGCCCCCUUCUACGAUCAAAAAUUGGGGCGAGCUCAAGCAGUGGUUGAUACGAAUCAAUGCCAACCCUAGCGCCCAGAAAAGGGCUCUUGAGCUGCAGCAACUGUUUUUCCUCAAGCUGCUAAGCGGUAACCAAGCUCCAACUCAAAACCCUGGCGGCGAUCAACUACCUCCUGGCGUCCAACCGCUAGACACUGAAGAAAGUAAUAGAAACGCCGCUCUAGAUAAUGAUUUACGAAAUGUGACGGUUGUGCCGGAGGAAAUCCAACAUGCACGUCUAGCCAACCAGAAAUUCAACGGCUGGAAUGACGAGGACGUCUGGAGGUAUCUCGUUCAGAUUAAGCAGCAUCAAAUCAAGAAGAAGUAUACGCCUCGACCUCCCCAGCAGCAACCUACACCAGACCAAGCCGACCAGUCAGGAUGA